AAUGUACGGCCAUCGCUCCAAAACUGCCCAUUUUUCUGCUUUCUUUAGCCCCACCYUUCGAUCUCUCGUCUCCCACUGCUCCCUAUUUCUCCGCCGCCUCCUCGCCGUCGCCGGCGAUAUGUUCUGUUCCAAGUAGUUUUCCUCCAGCAACCCAUAAGUCAAGGAUCAGAUUCACUUUCCGGCCUUCCGGAUGACGAUUCUGUUCGGAUUUCCGGAGCGCGGCUGGGAAGCUUCCGGAAAGUUGUUGCGAUUCAGGGUAUUAUCGGGAUUCUAAAUCCUCUUUGUUUGUUUGCUUCGAAUUUGAAUGGUUUGGAUUGGAGCUGAAUGGUGUUUUGCUUUUUAUUUGGUAAUUGUAUAGAUACAUAGAUGGAGAAAUUCCAGGGUUAUCACGGCCUAGAUUGUCGAAAUUGUUAGAUUGAUGGAAGGAGUAAUAAAUGGACGGAAUCUGGUUGCCCACAAGGAUCAGAAUUCUUUUCUGGACAUGGGGAGGAUUCUCCGGAGAUGUGGCAUAGUCAAAUUUUCGUUUUGAUGGUUUUUGUUUGGUGGAUUUGGUGGGGUUUUUUUGGGUAUACCGAAAUAGUUGUUUAACAUGGAAAACAGAAUUUGUGUUCAUACUCGUAUGGAGGUGGACAAUGAAGAAGAAGAAGUACCUCAUCUCUUGGACUUAAACACAAGAGGAAGAGUGAAUGAUGAUCAUGGUCACCAUCUUGGAUCAAGUGAUUCACUGUUCCCAGGUCUCAUUGAUGAUGUGGCCCUGAAUUGCCUUGCUUGGGUUUGCCAAUCAGAUUACACUUCAUUGUCAUGUAUUAACUCAAAGUUUAACAAGUUGGUGAGAAGUGGUGAUCUAUAUGGGUGGAGGAAGCAUUUGGGGAUAAAGGAGCAUUGGGUGUAUCUGGUUUGUGAUUUAAAGGGUUGGGAAGCAUUUGAUCCUUUGAGGAAAGUGUGGAUGACUUUGCCUAAGAUGCCUUGUGAUGAGUGCUUCAAUCAUGCAGACAAGGAAUCGUUGGCUGUAGGAAGCGAACUGUUAGUUUUUGGCCGUGAGAUGUUUGACUUUGCUAUAUGGAAGUAUAAUUCGACUUGUAAUAGUUGGGUAAAGUGUCAAGGAAUGAACCGACGUCGCUGUCUGUUUGGCUCUGGUAGCCUUGGUCCGAUUGCUAUUGUAGCAGGUGGAAGUGAUAUAAAUGGGAAUGUUUUAGACUCUGCAGAGUUGUAUGACUCUUCAUUGGGUACAUGGGAAAUGUUGCCCAAGAUGACUACCCCGCGUAGAUUGUGUUCGGGUUUUUUUAUGGAUGGGAAGUUUUACGUGAUUGGUGGAAUGUCGAGCUCCACUGUUUCACUAACAUGUGGGGAGGAGUACAAUUUUCAAACAAGAAAAUGGAGGAAAAUUGAGGGAAUGUAUCCCUAUGUCAAUAGGGCUGCUCAGGCUCCUCCCCUUGUUGCUGUGGUGGAUAACCAGUUAUAUGCUGUGGAGUAUCUAACCAACCUGGUUAAGAGGUAUGAAAAAGUGAAGAACACCUGGAAUGUAUUCGGAAGGCUUCCUCUGAGGGCGGAUUCUUCGAAUGGCUGGGGCCUGGCUUUCAAGACCUGUGGGGAGGAACUUCUGGUUGUAGGUGGACAAAGAGGUCCAAACGGUGAAGCAAUCGUACUGAAUGCUUGUUCUCCGAAGUUUGGCAUGAGGAAUGGCACCUUGGAUUGGAAGUUUCUCGGUGUGAAGGAGCACGUCGGAGUGUUUGUCUAUAACUGUGCUGUUAUGGGUUGCUUAUAGAAUAAUUGGACAGAAGAGCCCGAGACUCUGAAACCAGACCUGGCGCUUCUGGAGUUUCUCACUACAUCGUAUCUCGGUCGGCUUCAACUGUUUGUUGCCUCACCGUGUACGGUUUUUCGGUUUCUUAAUGUGCUUAUAUUUGGAUGUGUUUAUUAUGCAUUUCUUUGGUCGCCUUUUGGUUAGUUUGUUCAAGUUUCUUCAUUGUGUCCUUUACUAAUAAAUAAUUAUAGCCUCGCUGCUCACUGCAUAAUUGUUCAAUUCUAACAUUUCUAUUCUUGAUUAUUUCAAUGGUAAGUCAGUCCCGGUUUCGCUGC